AUGACGACCAGAUGGUCGGGCACCCUGAUGAAAGACGUCAGCGACAGAGUUGACGAUCUUGUCCGAAUUGUUGAGCUCAAGAUCUUCUACAGCCACCAUCCUCAGCGACUCGACCUUUACCACUAUCCCAUCAGGUUCGCUGUGCACCGAUUCCGCCCCAAAGAAGGCGACGUGCUUCAUCGGAGAUGGAAGACCAGGGACAACGUCCCCAUGAUCACCGAAAUGACCCCAUUCGCACUCAACGACAUCAACCAGUCGGCAGCCGACUUGGACCAGUUCAUCAGCGACCAUGUCUUCGAGGCCAUGCGAGCGGCGGUGCAGGACAGCGAACUCAUCGUCAGGGAGACGUACGAAAUGGCUAUCGACUAUUUCAGGUCGCUCGAGCCCGAGCAUGAAGAGCGCAUCUUCCUGGGUCAUCUUUUCAGGCUCUGGUUUGCAAUGAGGCUUACGACUGGCUCGGCGUACAUAUCCGGACAAGACAAGCUGGAUAUGUUUCCGGAGGCGCAUCCGGACUAUCCCCUCGGCGAAAGGAUUUCUCUGCCACGUAUGAUCACGGCGCAGGUUGACAGCAUCUUAUCGACCAAGUUCCUGAAGCCCGGGACUACCAAGGUCACCAAGUGCCUUGAGAAAUUCCUAAGGAGCAACGACCCAGCAUACUGGUUCUCGCUCUAUCUGUCCAUCUUCAUCAUCCUGCAUGAGAUCUCCGUAGCGACCAAAGACCGAGGCAGAUACGCUAGGGACAACCAGCUGCCGCAUUUUGGCGCCAACAACCUUCUUGCCCACUGGCAUUAUUACAAGACCGAGAUCGACCCGUCGAACGUCGAGUCCUGGAAGCUUCACAAGUCUUCAAUGGGGCGAAUGACCCAGGCGCAGAGGAGCUUUGUGUGGCGUUGGUGGCAUUGGAUGCGGAGGCCGGGUAUGCUGGAAAGCCUGUGUCCCGAUGGACAGCGGGAGCAGGAGGCUCGGUGGGAGGAUCCUCUCUUCUUUGCUUGUCAGAUAUACAUGCCUGGCUGGAGGGAGAAGGCCGUCUACCAGGGUUAUUGA